GGCUAUGGCCGAUGUAGCGUUUUGUUUUUUACAAUGCGCUCGGCGCUCUCCGCGGGACAUGUUGGCGUUACAGAUUCUCUGGGAUUCCUACUGCUACUUUUGACACUAGUAUUAUAUCUGUCUGUAGUGUGCAGCUGGAAACUUCGGCCGCCUGGGUUGAGAUCUGAGGAAAUACGUCACCGUAGAUUAUUCUCCGCUGAAGCUGUGAUUCCCACUACUCAGACAAGACGCCAUCGUAGAAAUGAUGAAGUCGUGGAUCGUGAAGCCCGAUGGCAGAGUUUUUGGGAGUCUAAUGAUAUUUUCAAUGCUGACUUUUGUCGUGGUAACCUAGAAUCCACUGGGUUUGGGAUGCCCGAAUGUCCCAAGUUCUAUGGAUUAUGUAUGAUUCCUUAUCCAUCUGGUGAGGGAUUACAUGUAGGUCACUUACUGGGCUACACAGCGCUGGAUGUUGUAUGUCGGUACAAGCGUAUGCAGGGAUACCAAGUUUUAUGUCCCAUAGGAUGGGACUCCUUCGGUUUACCUGCUGAGCGUUAUGCUGAGAGUGUGGGUCGUGACGUUAAGCAGGUUACUUUGGAGAAUAUUGCUAGAUUCAAGCACCAGCUUAAGCGCAUGGGUUUUGCAUUUGACUGGUCACGUGAGCUGGCUACCAGUGAUCCGGGUUACUACAAGUGGACCCAAUGGAUGUUCCAGGAGUUUUAUCGCAGCGGUAUAGCUUACCGUGCCAACCAACUUGUCAACUGGUGCCCUGAUUUAGGUACAGUUCUUGCUAACGAGGAGGUGCGCAACGGCCUUUCGGCCAGGGGCGGGUUCCCGGUAUAUCGCAAAAACGCUCAACAGUGGCUUCUCAGGAUAUCGCAAUACGCGCAGCGUCUUUUAGACGGUCUGGAUGCCCUAGACUGGCCCCAGUCCAUAAUAGACGCCCAGAAGAAGUGGAUUGGCAUAGAGAAAGGCUAUAAGGUAGCACUCAGGGUAGCAGGUAAACCUGGCACCAUGGACCCACUUUAUCUGUUUGUUACUGAUCUAGAUCUCCUGACACAGGCUACCCACGUGGAGAUACCCGCGGAGACUGACGACAUUAUGCAGUAUGUGUUACCAGAGAACGUGUCGCGUGUUGAUGAACUCCUGAGGGAGACUUCCACGAUGUCGAACCUAGAGCGCUACGACAGGAAACUUUGUGUGGAGACAGGUACCUAUAUACUAGUCCCUGGCACUGGAACUCGUUUACCGUUGUGCAUCACCAACACGCCUAUGUUAUUUUCACAUCCCAUCAACUGCCGGAUAGCCCUUGGCCAGACUGUGGAUGGGUCCACGGGUAAUGACAACCUGAAAGUCACUCCUAGAAAUCCACCUAAUGACCCGGACGCCUGUGUUACGGCCAAUAUACCUGAUGAAGAUCCCAGCAUCGAGCCCUUUAUCAACGUAAAGAUGAAGGACUGGGUAUUCAGCAGGUCGCGUUAUUGGGGUGAGCCAAUACCGCUUGUAGAACGUGAUGGAUCCUUCGAGUGUAUACCGGACCUACCACUGGAAACAAGUAGUCAUCAUAAAGAGACGAUGCCUCAGUGGGCAGGCUCUUCAUGGCAUUACUUGCGAUUUUGCGACGCCAGGAACCAAGAGGCACCAUUCGAUAGACGCAAGGCUGAACGAUGGAUGCCAGUGGAUUUAUACAUUGGCGGCACUGAGCACGCGGUAUCACAUUUGCUGUAUGCAAGAUUCUGGAACAAGUUACUAUUUGACCUAGGGCUAUCGCCUGUGGAGGAACCCUUUAGGAAGAUUGUGCUGCACGGCAUCAUACGGAGUCCUUCGUUUAGCAUUGGCAGCACGCCUGUGGAUGCGGACAAGGUGACCAAGCACAAGGGGCGCUAUGUACUGAAACACGACCUCGAUACUGAGGUCAGUGUAAAACUCGAGAAAAUGUCGAAAUCCAGGAACAAUAUAGUAUCACCUGAUGACAUAAUAGCUAAAUUCGGUGCUGACGCCCUGCGUAUGCAUUUACUUUUCCUAGGGCCUAUUCACAAGGACAAGGUCUGGUCUGAUAGUGGCCUUAUAGGCGUUGCCCGCUUAUUAGAUCGCAUUACUGCGUUCUUUAGAACAGCGCGCGUUGUGGAUGCAGCGCCAAAGAGCGACGUGGUAAUAGAUCAGUAUGUGGCCCGGAUAACACGGGCCAUAGAAGAAUACAGUUUCAAUGUGGCCAUUGCGGAUUUCUUCAAGCUAUUCGAUUACAUAUAUGACAUUUCCAAUGGACGUGCUAUUGACCGUGGAGUUGGGGGCACGUACAUCAAGCUUUUAGCGCCUUUCGCGCCACAUAUUGCUGAGGACCUUUGGCAUAUUCUAUAUCCCGACAGAACGGGGUCAGUGGCGUAUGAGCCUUUUCCCAAGGCAUAGCUAAAUCACAU